GCUGGGAGCAAAGAGGGUGGGGGAGGUGAUCACAUGACACGAUUACCUCAAGAAUCGAUCAAGAUGUAUAGCGCGCCAGCGUGCGCCUUUUCCUCCCUUUUACGCGCGUCUUCCAUGCGCCAGAUGGCCAAAGUUUAACACCGAAGGAGCUUCUCCUCCUUCUCCUCCUCCUCCUCCUCCUCCUCCCUCCCUCCUCCUUCCAAGGAGGACCCGGGAGCAGACAUGACGGACUACGACGAGCGCGCGUCCAGCAUGUACCUGCCGAGCUGCACUUACUACGUCUCCACGCCCGACUUCACCUCCGUCUCCUCCUUUUUGCCGCAGAGCGCCUCCUGCCAGGUGAACUUCCCCUACUCGGCCAACCUGGGCCACCACCAGCCGGUGCGGGAGGUCUCCUUCAGGGACUACGGCCUGGAGCACCCCAGCAAAUGGCACUACCGGAACAACUACGCCUCCUACUACGCCUCCGAGGAGCUCAUGCACCGGGACUUGAUCCAGUCCUCCUUCAAAAACGAGCCGCUGUACGGCGGAGCCCAGGCGGGCGCAGGCUCGCCCUGCAGCCUCUUUACCGGGACCGGGCGCAACGGCGUCCUGCCGCAGGGCUUCGACCAGUUCUUCGACGCCGACAAAGGCGCGCCGGAGCAACCCCGACUGAAGGGCGACGAGCCCGGCAAAGUGGAGCAGGACGCCGGGGACGCGGCAUCGGCGGCGGGGGCCGCGGUAGCCAGCCUGGACGAGGACUCGUCCUCCAACUGCGGCGACAAAAGCAGCCAGCAGACCUCGUCCAGCAAGUCCAGAAAAAAGAGGUGUCCGUACUCCAAGUACCAGAUCCGAGAACUUGAACGAGAGUUUUUCUUCAACGUCUACAUCAACAAAGAGAAACGUCUACAGCUUUCCAGGAUGCUCAACCUGUCAGACCGCCAGGUGAAGAUCUGGUUCCAGAACAGAAGAAUGAAGGAGAAGAAGCUCAACCGUGACCGCCUACAAUAUUUUACUGGCAAUCCUCUAUUCUGAUACACACACACACACACACACACACACACACACACACACACACACACACACACACACACACACACACACACACACACACACACACACACACACACACACACACACACACACACACACACACUCACCAAAGACUGGUCCCUAUAUGUGAGUCACCAUGUAUUUAAAACCUAUACAAAAAAAUAAUAAUGCAUUUAUUUAUUGAUUUCUCGUACUUCCUCCCACUCUUAUCAGGAACAAUGAUUGUAGUCGACAUUAUUUAUUGGUGUGUUUUAAAAAAGAAAAAAAGCUGCAUGCCACGUUGGUGUGAAAUGAACUAACAUGUUUAAAAAACAACAACAUUUUGGACACUUUCUUCCAGCUUUGCCUCAGGAGAAAUGUGGCCCCUUAGGCCUUUAUUUCCCCUUCUUUCAAACACUGGAUUGUUUACUAAACCUUGAACCGUCUAGACAGAAUAAUAAAAGCAGCUGUAAAGGUCUAAAUAAGGGGCUAUUGGACCUCCGCCCCUCCCCAAUGCGGACCACAAGAUCCCCUUUCCUGUCUCACAUAGUCCACAUUGCAAAUGUUGGAGCUGCUGCAGACAUUCUUCUUAUUUCUUUAAUUUUAUUUUAUAUUUUUUUGGCUUUCCAAGAGGAUUUACGAGCAUUGAAGAGGAUUAUUCCAAAGUCAAAGUGAGUCUGAUGCCUCUGUAAAAAUGUGUCUUUUUUUGUAUUCAUGUUUAUAUUUGCUGCUGCUUCUUGCAUCUUUUGUUUUAAACAAACAAACAAAAAAAAGCCAUUAAAUAAGACUUUUAACUGAGUUGCAAUCCAGGGAAACCACGUUAGCCAACCGGGUUGUAGUUACUUAAGUGUCCACCAGAGGUCAGCCUUGCAUUUGCAUAGCGAGAGAAAAACCUGCUUUGUCGUCUUCAAAGGCUGCAGACUUUAUUCUUUCAACUUUAUAAACUAGAAACCAAAAAUGUUUUUUCUUUAUUCUGCCAAUAAAACAGAGACGGAUGAUAAUAUAAUUGUUAUUAUCAGUGUGUAAAUAUUCUCUGGGCUUUUUUAAAACUUGAACGCACAAAACUUCCUUCUGCGGGGACUCUCUCACAAAUACUCCCCAAAAUGCUGGGAUUUAAAAAGGAUUACUUGUAUAAAUCCUCUCAUUUAAAUGUCAUGUUGUAAAUACAUAACAUAUGCUGGAUAAUCGUGGUUGUAUUUUUGCUCAACAUAUUAAAAAACAACAACUGAUCAAGCUGAAUUAUACUCACAUGUAUUAUUUUUGUAAUGUUUUUCUGGCGGCGGGUGUGUAAAUAUUUGGUGUGUAAGAAGUGUUGGUGACGCAUGAACAACAUGAAUAAAUAAUUCAGUGCA